CUUUUUACUAAACAGUUACACCUACAGCUGGCUAAAAUCUAGUGGGUCUUCCCUUCUAAGGGUAAGUGUCGUCGUUUGCAGAGAAAAUAAAGCACCUAGGUCAAUCAAUCUGUCGCCACCUCGGAUAAUCCCAUUUUCCAUUUCAACCUCGCCAGCCCAACCGCCAUGAUAAUCGAAGUAAACCGAAGGCAUUUGCUACCUGACGUCAGACCCGACGCGAUCGAGCUCAUGCAGUGCACGAAGCCCUGCCCGAGCACUCCACCCCACGCCGCUGCCCGCUGGCAACAGGUUCGCUCUCGCAUGGGCCAAUUGACACGAGGUAUCAAACGCUGCCGACUGCGCAACAUCAGCGGAGAGAGCGAGCACGUCACAUGCCGCCCCUCCAUGCUGCACAAGGAUUUCUGGCUAGAGGCUCUGGACAAGCAGCAUCGCUAUGGCUUCCACCUGCGAGCCUUCCACAAAGCCUGGAAGCUGGAGAUGGCAGAGAGGGAGAAUGAAACCGGCACCAGCGAGGACGCGUCAUUUUUCCACUGGCUCGAUCACGGGAACGGCAAAAACGUGGAUCUGCCCGAAUGUUCCCAGCAACAAUUGCGCACGACACAAGUGGAAUACUGCAACGCCGAGCAGCGCAAAAGCUACGAGCUUAAGUUCGUAUCAAACGAAGAAGACGAUAUUGGGAGAGUGCAAUACGCAGCAUCAGCAUGCGUCGUGAACACGGACGAACUCAGCAAGUGGAUUUUUGUCAUAGACCUCUCGGGCCGCAUGUACCUCGGUCGAAAGCGCAAAGGCCGCUUCCAUCACUCGAGUUUCGUCUCGGGCGCGCCGAUCUUGGCAGCCGGCAAGGUUAUCAUCAAAAACGGCAUCAUUAUCGCCGUCGAACCCCACAGCGGCCACUUCAAGCCGCGACUAGAGAAUCUCUUGGCACUUUGCUCCAUACUGGCCAACCACGGCAUUGACGUCGACAACAUCGCCUUCAUUAAACCCAAGAAAUGGACUUGUGCCUGGCCAUUUCCGCCACAACCAGACCUCGAACUCGAGGACUUUGCCGCCUCAGAUACGGACUACAGUGCCGACAAAUCUGAUUCGGAGGAGUUGCAGACACUGCAAUUGGAGCAGUAGAUUAGAAAAGCUGUAUCGUUUCUAUUUAUUGCGAAUUUCUAAACGAAAUGUCAUUUUUUGAUGUGAGUGAGGUCUCCCCUAUCGCCGCUUGUACUCGCACGCUUUGAACUCAAUCGGCCCCACGUUCUGCGGUCUGCGCGUCGAUUUGACAAACUCAAACAGCACGAACAUCUUGUUGCGCUCGUCCUUGUGCUUACAGUCGAAGCCCAUUUUACGCAAAGUCUGCACGAAUCCUUCAAUCCCUCCGAGCGAUUCACUCUCGAAGCGGCUCUUGACUUCAGCGACCUUCAGCACGCCUCCAGGCUUCAACACACGGUACACUUCCCGCACAUAUUCACGAACACUCGUCCCCAUGAGCGCCAAGCAGUAAACGCCAAUAUCCACACUACUGUCCUUCAAAGGAACCUAAAAAAAAAAAGAUUAGCCACGCACUCAAGCACUAAAACAACGCAAAACCUUAGUUACACUCACAUCAGCAAUAUUGCAC